AUGUAUCAAAAUUCUGGUAAGGGAACCGAAAAGGUAAAGGAACCAAUCAAUGAUGGAAAGGAAGACGAAAGAGGAGAUGCAAAAGAUAAAGAACCACCUUAUAUGCCUCUGCCACCAUACAAACCACUUAUACCUUAUCCCCAAAGCCUUGUUAAGUCCCAAAAUGAAGGACAAUUCAAGAAAUUUGUAGAACUUCUGAAGCAACUUAAUAUCACUAUAGCAUUCACAGAAGCCAUUACGCAAAUGCCUUCAUAUGCUAAGUUUCUUAAAGGGAUUCUAUCCAACAAGAAAAAGCUUGAGGAUGAUGAAACCAUUAUGCUUACUACCGAGUGUAGCACUAUUAUUCAAAACAACAUGCUUCCUAAACCGAAAGACCCGGAUAUGCUAGAGAACGUUCUCGUUCGUAUAGGACAAUUAUAUAUUCCUACCGACUUUGUAAUAAUGGAUAUAAACAAGGAUUCCAACAUCCCUAUUAUUUUAGGAAGACCCUUUUUAGCCACAGCCGGAGCCAUCAUAGAUGUGAAGAAAGGAAGGCUAACAUUCGAAGUUGGAGAAGAAAAAGUUGAAUUUCUCUUAGCUAAAUUUCUACAAGCAUCAGCUAUAGACGACUCAUGUUGUUUCUUAGACGUCAUCAACGAAUGUUUGAAAGAAAUGGAGAAAGAACCAUCUAAGUAUAGUUAA